CCUCCUCCUCCUCCUCCUCCGCCGCCUCCCUCAGCCUGAGCGCCGCUUCCUCUGCAGGUGGAUGGAGGCUGGAAGCCCCGGAGACACGCGCCAUGCCCGGGACCCGCUGCUGUCAGACUGCUGAGCACCUCCCUUCGCGCCGGGGACCACAUCCUUAAAUGACCCGCGGCUGAGGAGGGGGUGUCUCCGGAUCCAGCGCCCGCGGAUCAUGGCAUGCUGCCCACACCGGGCAUCCAGCACUGACCAUGGGGCUCCGGUCCAGGACCGUCGCUAGCGGCUCGGAGGAGCAGAAGAGGACCUCCGGCGCUCCUCCCGGGGACUUACUGGACCAAGGCACCGGGGGAGCGGACAAGGAUGGCGCCCUGCUGCUGGUGGCCUCGGGCCGGGAUGGCUACAAGCGGGGCUCUCAGGGCAUCGGCAUCGGGCUGCUGGCCAAGACCCCCCUGAAUUACACCCGGCCGGCCAAGAGGAAUAACAUCCGCAAGAGGAGGAUCCAGAACCUGCUGUACGACGCGCUGGAGAGGCCGAGAGGAUGGGCGCUGCUCUACCACGCGUUCGUGUUUUUAAUCGUUCUGGGAUGUUUGAUUCUGGCCAUUCUGACAACAUUCAGGGAGCACGAGAAGGUUUCUGCACACUGGCUGGUCAUACUGGAAACAUUCGCCAUCUUCAUCUUCGGAGCAGAGUUUGGGCUGAGGAUCUGGGCGGCAGGAUGCUGCUGUCGCUACAAAGGAUGGAGAGGAAGGCUCAAGUUCGCUCGCAAACCUCUCUGCAUCCUCGACAUCUUUGUGCUGAUUGCCUCGGUGCCGGUGGUGGCGGUGCGGAACCAGGGUAAUGUGUUGGCCACGUCCCUGCGCAGCCUGCGCUUCCUGCAGAUCCUGCGGAUGCUGCGCAUGGACCGGAGAGGAGGAACCUGGAAGCUGCUGGGCUCCGCCAUCUACGCUCACAGUAAGGAGCUGAUCACGGCCUGGUACAUCGGCUUCCUGUCUCUCAUCCUGGCGUCCUUCCUCGUCUACCUGGUGGAGAAGGACGACGUCUCCGUGGACGUGCCCAACCACGACAACCCCACCGCCCAGCCCAAGCCGCAGGACUUCGACACGUACGCCGACGCUCUGUGGUGGGGGCUGAUCACUCUGACCACCAUUGGGUAUGGGGACAAAACCCCAAAGACCUGGGCUGGGAGACUGUUAGCUGGCACUUUCGCUCUGAUCGGAGUUUCCUUCUUCGCUUUGCCUGCAGGGAUCCUGGGUUCAGGCUUGGCUCUGAAGGUCCAGGAGCAGCACAGACAGAAGCACUUUGAGAAGCGCAGACAUCCGGCCGCCGGUCUCAUCCAGUCUGCCUGGCGAUAUUAUUCCACCAAUCCAAUCAGGGAAGACCUUAUUGCCACAUGGAGAUUUUACGAAACUGUCAUCUCUCUUCCCUGUUUCAGGAAGGAUCACCUGGAGUCCAUGGCCAGCCAAAAGCUGAGUUUACUGGAGCGUGUUCGCCUUCCCAACGCGCGGCCAUCAGUGGGAACAGGGAAGAGGCUGAUGGGAAACGCCGACUCCAUCGAGGAGAGUCCGUCCAAGGAGCCCAAACCUGCCGGCUUCAGCAACCGGGAACGCUUCCGCACCGCCUUCCGCAUGAAGGCCUACACCCUCCGCCAGAGCUCUGAAGAUGCCGGAGCCCUGGCAGAACCAGCCUUAGAGGAGCGGGGCUUCCCCCCAGACAUCCUCAUGGAGGAGAUGAUCCCCACACUGAAGCUGGUCAUCCGGGCGGUCAGGAUCAUGCAAUUCCUCCUGAACAAGAAGCGGUUUAAGGAAACUCUGAGGCCUUACGAUGUCAAAGACGUGAUCGAGCAGUACUCUGCUGGACACCUGGACAUGCUGUGCAGAAUCAAAUACCUCCAGACAAGGAUCGACAUGAUUCUUGCUCCUGGACCCCCCCUCACCCCCAAACAGAAGAAAACUCAGAAAACGCCCUUUACCUACCCACCCAACCAGUCGCCCAGGCACGAGUCAUACCUAACCAAAGCCUCCCUGCCGGACGCCGAAGACCAAAGCAUGAUGGGUAGAUUUGUCAGGGUGGAGAGACAGGUGGAGGACAUGGAGAAGAAGUUGGACUUCCUGGUGGACAUGCACAUCCAGCACACUGAGCACCUGCAGGUGGACUCUGCAGGUGGCGCCCACAUGACCCUGGAGACCUGCGAGCCCACGGGGAACGGCGAGAUCCGGCGGGUUUUCUUCAACUAUGCCGAGGCGUUCCCGCACAUGUCCUACCAGAUGUCUGUCAGCAAGGGGAACCCGUACUGUGGCCGAGAGCGAGGGGGCGGGGAGGGAACCGGGCCGCUGGGUGGAAGCAACGCCCCCCCAGCCCAUCAGCCGCCGCCGCCGCCGCCACUGCCACACCCCCAUCAACGGCACCCUCCCGCCGCCAUCCCCACCUACACCGAGCGUCCCACAGUGUUGCCCAUCAGCUCCCUGCAGAACCUGACGGCAGGGCCGGGCAGGACCACAGGGGGGCGGGGGGGCGACUCGCCGCUCUCACUUCUAUCGGUGAACCACGAGGAGCUGGAGCGCUCGCCGAGCGGGUUCAGCAUCUCCGGGGAGCGGGAAGAAGGGGAAGAUUUGUCGAUGGGGGCCGGGGUGGCUAUGGGGGACGGCAGCUGGACGAGACCCAGGCCCAGCUACCUGGCCGAGGGGGAGACGGACACGGACACGGACCCGUUCACGCCCAGCGGCGGGCCGCUGCCACUCUCCUCCACGGGGGAGGGGUUUGGUGACGCUGUGUGGAACACGCCGCCCUGAGAGGCGUUUGUGUGCCACCACAGAACUCUGAGGGAAGACCUUAACCCAACCCACGCCUCUAAAUCCAAACAGUUUGGGUCAAAGCCACACCUCUGGACCAAACUCUUGUGGAGGACAGGUGGGUGUUCUCCACCUGGAUGCUGCAGGGCGUGAGCCAGGUCAGUGACCUCAUCCACGGAGAGCCAUGGCAUCCAGACUGCCCAGAAAAAAUAAAAAGGGAACAGACAGUUUGUAAAGUAAAACUCUGUACAGCGCACUCUUCGCAAAAAUUUAGCUAAAAUAAAAAAGAACAUUAAUAUACAUACUAUAUACACCCAAAAGCUUUAUUGCUGCAAAGCCAACUGCACUGCAUGUGACGCAUGCGAUUUUUAGUGUAGACACUGCAAAGUUCAGGAUAUCAGGAAACGGAAAAAGCGAUUGAAUGGAUACAUAUACUUGCUAUGCCAUUUUGUAACACUUAUUUUUUUAUAUGAAUACAUUUUCAUGGUUUUUUGCAUGGUUUGCAUGAUAAUGCACCAUUCUAGGGGUGACGGUCGGAGGCUGAUAGUGGAAUUAAAAGUCUCCUGUCUCUUAGUUUUGUAUGUCGAAUCUGUGUGUGUGUG